AUGGAUAAUGAAAUUUUGGAAGUGCUAGUGCAAGACAGAAAGACCAAUGACACCAAGAUUGGGGUCGUUGAAGCAAGAUUGCACAACCUCGAGGCCGGAAUCAACACUAUUGCCACUGCCAUCACCAACAUAAUGAAUCAAAUGGACCAAGUCGAACAAAAGAUAGAGGAGGGCAAGGCAAAGGCAGCAGCACAAGUGGCCGACACCAAUAAAAAGUGGGUUGCAAAGCAGAAAACGGAAGAAGUCAGCACCUCCGGGAUGAGUUCUGGAGUCUGCCCGAUGCCCAGCAGACCGUUGCACACGCUGCAACGGGCCGCUGCCGAACAGCCAGAAGCAUCCACCAAAGAUGGUCUCGUGCGGCACAAUGGGAUUGUACUUCCUUUUCAGCGGGCCGCUGCCAAACAGUUGCAGGAAAUUCCUAGGUAUGCUAAGCUACUAAGGGAGGCCGUGAUGAAAAAUAAGAAGCUUACCAAAGGCGAUCUCAAGUUGCCUCAUCACUACAGCGCAAUUAGUCAAAAAGAGAAAGCCGUGAAGCAAAGAGAUCUCGGCCAGUUCAUCAUUAGGUGCUUAAUUGUGCAAGGAAAGGUGGACAAGGCUCUCUGCGAUCUAGGAGCAAGCAUAAACAUCAUGCCAUUGAAGUACUAUGAAAAGCUCAACAUCGGACCACUAAAAACAUCGUAUGUGAUUAUAAGGUUGGCCGAUAACACCGCAAUCAAAACAAUGGCCAUGAUCAAGGAUGUAUUGGUAAAGGUAGACGAUUUCAUUUUCCCUGCCGACUUCAUUAUUCUUGAUAUGAAAGUAGAUAAAAAUAUACCUCUAAUCUUAUGCAGAGAUUUUCUAGCCACAUGCAAAGUUCUUAUUGAUGUAGGUAGGGGCGAUAUCGCGAUUAGUGACAACUAUUGCAGAUCCACCUACAAGAUUGAGAGCGUGAUGCUUAAGUAUGAAGAGGCGCAAUGA